GUCCUCCCACCGCCGGUGGCGCUAGUGUGGUCCUCUCACAGCCGGUGGCUCUACAGUGGCCCUCCCACCGCCGGUGGCGCUAGUGUGGUCCUCCCAUUCGCUCUCCUUGUUCCUCCGGACUCCAGUAGCGAUGGCGACGGCGCUGGGCCACUGGCUGCAGCUCACCUCCCGGCGGACGAUGAGAGGCUACCAGGUGUUGGCACCGCUCCGCUGCCCGGCACGCCCCAGCUCUUCCCAGCCAAAGCUGGUUCACUGGACACAACGAGGCCUGCUGAAACUCUACCAACGCUUUUACGACGUGGAAAACCUCUUCAACUGGAGCAUAGCCUUGAGAAACUGGAACCUGAGGAGGAAGAAUGCAUACUAUGGGUAUACCCAGAAGACAUACGGCAUAUACAUUGCAGCAGCAUACUACAUCUUGAGCCAGAGGGGAGCUGUACGCUUUGCAGGGGAGGAAGAGUGGAUUCGGCCAAACAAGAGGGGAAAGUUCAGCUAUGACUUCCUCAGUUUGCGAGAGGUCCCGCUGGAGGCAGUCGACGCUAGCGGCACCUCGAUAACCUACGACGGAUUGGACAACUUGGUGUGCCUGAAGGAGCUGAAGUACUUGAGGCUAAACAACUGCCCCCACGUUGACGACUGGUGCUUGAGCCGCCUGCAUGUGUUUGGAGACUCGCUGGAAGAGUUGGGGCUGGCAGGUUGUCCCAAGGUCACCGAGCGGGGCCUGGCCUCACUGCAUCAUCUCAAGAAUCUGCGGCGCCUGGACCUAUCGGACCUUCCCUCAGUGGACAACCGAGGGUUGCUGAGGAUUCUGUUGGAGGAGACCCUUCCCCAGUGCGUGGUGGUGGGCAUCAAGUAUGAAGAUGGACUGUUGCAGCAGCCGCUCACUGGACACAGUGGCUCCUCUCCACAAGGGAUGGGCUUGGGACUAGCUCUCCCAGCUGGAACCCUGAAAGACUUGACCUGAAGUCCUGAAGAGGUUUCAUGAUCUCCUCAAUCGCUUUCCCGAAGCCACCAGCCAGGCAUCAGCGAACAUCUCACAUUAGCCACAAGAGGGCAGGGCUGGAGCAGUCCAUGGCAACAUGGGCUCUUCAAUGUGGAGUCAAUUAACCAGGCCGGUGUGGACAAAUCUCUACCUAUCUUUGCACUAACCUUGAACCUUGAGACCUCGUUGCAAUGCGGUUCUUACAGAAUCUAAUCAGCUUAAGUAUGAGGAAGAGUUUCGGCCCGAAACGUCACCUAUCUCCUUCGCUCCAUAGAUGCUGCUGCACCCGCUGAGUUUCUCCAGCAUUUUUGUGUACCUUCUAAUCAGCUUAAAUUUGUUUUCUGAUUAUGUUGCUGCCUCGGUAUGAAUCCAAUCAUCUGUUUCAGUUGUCUGAACUAGUAAGUUAUUAAAUUUGGAGUUUAAAAUGUC